GUGCCACUAAUUUCUUCCUCAACAAAACUUGACUGACUUACACGGCCCAACAUUUCCUUCUCGAGUAUUCAAAAAGAAAAGAGUACGGAAAAAAAAAAAGGAAUGAUAUACGUCGGAUUAUGAAUUUGUGUUCCUUUGUGUCCGCUCUUACCUAGUUAAGAAAUAAAUCAUUAGUAGUAAUCUACAUAGAGACCAACAUGGCCGACACACAUCCGGACUCCGGCCUCCGGAAGCGCCGCGCGAGCUCAACUUCCAGCACGCUCAUGCAAACGGCGAAAGACGUCGAGCACAAGAUUGCCUCGGCGCUGGUUAUCCUAUGGGACGACCUGCCGUCGUGGCGGCGCGACAACCACUACAUCGUCUCGGGAUACCGCCCGGACAGCAACAGCUACUGGCGGUCCUUCACCUCCAUCUUCUACGUCCACAACGAGUCCGUGAACAUCUGGACUCACCUCCUCGGCGCCCUGUCCUUCCCCGCCGUCGGCGCUUGGCUGUACCACGUUAUCGCCCCGCGGUAUGCCUCCGCAAAUAGCUCCGACCUGCUGGCCUUCGCUUGCUUUUUCGCCGGCGCCGUUUUGUGCCUCGGCAUGAGCGCUACCUACCACACGCUCUCGAACCAUUCUGAGGAAGUUGCCAAAUGGGGGAACAAGCUGGACUACUCCGGCAUCGUCUUUCUUAUCGUAGGGAGCUACGUCCCGGCUCUCUACUACGGAUUAUUCUGUCAACCGGAACUUAUGACGGUCUAUUUAUACGGGAUAUUCCUUCUAGGCUUUGGAUGCGGUGUAGUAUCCUGGGUCGACAAAUUCCGAUCGCCAGCUUGGAGACCCUACCGGGCCGCCAUGUUUGUCGGCCUGGGCUUAUCUGGCGUCGUCCCCGUCUGCCAUGCGCUCGGUAUCUACGGCUACCGAGCACUCGACGAGCGUAUGGGUUUAAACUGGGUUUUAUUCCAAGGGUUCUUAUAUAUCCUUGGGGCGUUUCUUUAUGCAGUUCGAUGGCCUGAACGGAGUUUCCCAGGGUCCUUUGAUAUAUGGGGAAGCUCUCAUCAAAUAUUCCACGUCCUCGUCUUGCUUGCGGCCGCAUCACAUUUGACCGGCAUGGCUAAAGCAUUUGACUAUCACCACAGUAUUAUGGGGGGAAUAUGCUAAAUGUAAUCCAUACGGGUGGGGGUCAUUACGUUGGCCUCACUAUUGAGCGAUAUUCACGAAGUCUAGAAACUCUAACCGUGGAAAGUAUUGGGUGGUCUACAGCGGCAUUCAAGUGGUUCGAGGGCUCAUCGCCGUAUUCCCCUUGGUAGGUUGCACCUAUGCGCAGAGCCAACCUUGAAAAUUAAUAUCUACUAUUCUUAAAACUAAUGGUAUCCGAUGGCUGUUUGUGAGCGAUUAAGAGUAUGGAUGGUCAUUAUACAUCAUGAAUACGGACGA